CGGCGGCGGCGGUCCAGGAAGCCCUGUCGCCUUCCCCGCCCGGGGCCAGGCGGAGCCAGCCGCGGAGGAGGAAAGGAGGAGGAGCGGGUGAGAGGUCGACCAGCUCCGGUCGCCCAUAGAGACGGAGGAGUCCCGAGUGGCGAAGGCGUGUGGGGGCGCCGAGGAGGGACCCGCGGACGAUUUGCCAAAGACCAAGUACACUAUUUGGUGGAGAAAGGAUUUGAAGCUAGAUUACCUGAUUUUUGGUGCUUUAAAAGCCCAAGUGUUCCUGUUUUUUAAAAGUGCUUGGAAGAGUUCACCAAGAAUGUCUAGCAAAACAUCUGGCACCACAAACAACAUAGCUCAGGCAAGAAGAACUGUUCAGCAGUUGAGAAUAGAAGCAUCUAUAGAAAGGAUAAAGGUGUCGAAGGCAUCAGCAGAUCUAAUGUGCUAUUGUGAGGAACAUGCCAGGAAGGAUCCUUUACUAAUGGGCAUACCUGCUUCAGAAAAUCCCUUCAAGGAUAAAAAAACCUGCACUAUUCUAUAGGCAAAACAGCAAAAUGCCUUCAAAACCUUCCCCUGCAAAACCAACCUAGCCAAUUCUUAGAGAAGUAACCUGAAGGUCACCUGGUAGCCAUUGCAUAAAACAGCAACUUAUUUUCACCUUGUGUAUGAAUGAACUUUUAAGUUUCCUUGAAUGUUUGUUUGUCCCAUUUUAAAUGCCAGGCACACGGUUCUAAAAGUUACUUCUUGCAAAAAUGGAAGGGUUCUACAAAUGUCAUUUGGCAUGGAUUCUGUUGGCUUUGCUGGGCUGAACUGGGCUGGGCUGGGCUUGAUUUUGAAAUGUAGUGAGUAUUCACAGAUCCAAGGAUUGAACUAUCAAGACCAAAGUUGCCUGAGCUUCAUUUACAGUGUAGUGAGGUAGACAAGCCUAGAGUGCUAAUCAAGCUUUUUUUUGCAUUUGAUUUGAUACCAGUGUGUACCUUGUUUAUGUAAAUGGAGUCUAUAUCUAGGGUGUAUGCAUAUGUUCGUUUAGAUGUAUAGACACAUUCCAAAGUGCAUUCUUUUAAGUGCGUUCUUCAGAAUUCAUUGCUGCAUUUAUUGAUAGGUUUCUGCACUUCAUGCUUUCACUAUUUAGUAUAUCUUAAGCUUUCAACAAUGUCUUAAAAACACUUGUACAUACUAUAAAUUCUGGUUCUCAGCAUAGUUUUGAAAAGUGACGUUGAUCGCCUUUAAUCUAUCUUUUAUUUCCACUGAAAUGUAGACUACACUAAAUUCAGAUUGAUUGUGAUAAUGGUGUCUAAAAACUUCGCCUCCCUUUCUUUUUGUCUUUAAGAGGAAUUCUAUCCUUUGCCUUUCCUACACAGUUUCUAGUAAACUGGUUUUUGGAAGCUUUCAGGCUUUUUUCAGUUUAAUCCCCAUAUUUACGUUUCAUAAAUGUCAAACAAUCACUAAGUAGGAAGAGAGACUCUGAGUGAAACCUAUGGUGCUACUGCUUCUGCACAAGACCUAUUAAAAUCAAUGGUUGUGCUAAAUAAAUGCUUGAAGGAUUAUAGCAAUUCUCGGCGGCAGCAGCUAAUCCCUUGUAUAUGUUAACAUUAUUAAAGAAUUUGGGUACCGUCAUACGGUAAUGAGAUACUGAAUAGAAAGGAGCAACACUGAUACAUUUUAAGCCAGGGGUAUGUAUCUGUAUACUAUUUGUUUUAUUGCAUUAUUGUGAUCUGCCAUAGCUCUGUAUUUCGAAGGUGAGUUAAUUGUAGCUUUUUUUGUUGUUCCUCAAGAGGGGAAAAGAAUUGCCCCAUAUGUAGAGGCCCUCAGAUGCAUGGUUAGAUUUCCUUCCUAGAAUCUUUAGUACAGAAUGCAAAGCCAACCAUUAGUGCUCACCCAGAAGCUUUCAUUUUCAACCAGCCAAGGGACACCCCCACCAAGAUUUCUUCCUGUUAAGAAGUCCUAGACUUCCAUAGUGUUUGUAUCUGCUUGGUGACAGCUUAACACAUACUUUCACCGUAACUGUAUUGAGAAGCUAGCUGCAGAGCUGGUAAGCCAAAGUCCCCACCCAGUUUACUGGUGCUCUUCACUGCAUUAUAAUUAAGCUCUUGUGGAGAACUGUAUUAGUGCUGCAUACUGCUAUGUUGAUAUCGUAUUUCUUUUCACCUUCAUGGUCCCAAAAGAUAAAUUUAAAACAUUUUAAAAACUAAAAUAGCUUCCUAAAGAUAGUACGGAACUGAUAACAAAAUCACAAUUUUUGCAUUGAUUUUGCUUAUUUUAUGUCAGUCUGGCCAUCACAAAAUCAACGUACAAUUCAUUAAAUUAGAUUACCUGGAAUUUGGUGCCAUCUCAUUUGCUAUCAUAAUUUAAAACAGUGUCUUUUCUGAUAUCAGGUCUUAAGUCCGUGUCCCCAAAUUAACACUGGUGACCUAACUUUUGGUUUGUUUUAAAAUAUUGGACAACGGUUGAUUUGUCAGCUAUAUAAAUCUGCUUUAUAAAGAAUGAUCCUUGCAAUUAUUCAUCCAUGGCAACAACAACAUGGAUUUACUUGCAUUUCUGCUAAAUAUAGUGAAGUAGUUAGGCUUGUGUUAUGAUCUUAACAUAGGAAGUAAAAUCCAGAGAAAAAGGUCAACCCUAUGUUUGACUUUGCUACAUGGAAAUGGUUAAUUCGCUCCAGUACAUGGUCCUCUGGUGAGAUAAGAAUGUACAGAUCAUGUAUCUGAGCUCAUGCAUAAUGGCCAUAAAGUAUUGAAGCUCUCAAGUGUCAGAGUUGAUACUCAUUGCAAUAAGCCUAUAAAUGAGGAGAGACUGCACUGGCAGGCCUGUCAACUCUAAGAGAGUCGGUACAAUUAUUUGUAAUGAAUAAAUUGGUAUUGCCAUUAGUAAAUGGGCACCUGAAUUACUUGUAAAAGCUGAAGUUGAUGCUGGACAUUUUCUCAUCCAUCACCAACCCAACCUGUUUCCUACAAAUCUUAUCCCAAAUAUCAGUAUUUUUUUUUAAACAAUUAGAAUGUUACUCUUUUUAGACCUAUUCUACUCAUCAGAUGAAUGCAAUUUAAAAAAAAUUCAUAUAAAAUUAAUAUGCUAAUUAAAUGUGAUAACUGUCACCAGCAAAUGCUGCUCUGUAUGCUUUAAUGUAGAAUAAAUUUGGACACAUUUAGUUACUCUCGCUAGUGAGAAAUUUAAACUGAUUAUGAUUGUUCCCUGCCUCUCAUUUAGGCUCUACUUCAUGUAAGAUUAGAAGGCCCAUAUCCUUAAAUUUCAAAAUCAGAUUAUUUAUGGUAGAUGAACUUCUGUAACUUACUUAAAUACCCUCAAUGAUUGAGUAUCUAAUAAAUGAAGUUUGACUUGUUACAUUGUUUAGUCCAAACUCCGAUUAGAACAUGUUGAUCAGGCAUUUGAAAAAGCAUCCAGCUUAAUAGGCCCCUUGCCUGUUAGGAAAGAACACAAACGAGCUAGAGAAGGCUUUACCUAAAGAAAGAAGGAAAUCUUUGGAUCUUGCCUUGCAAUUGAUGAGUGCCAUUAUUUUUUUUUCUAAUUUCUUCAAUCCAUCUCUCAGUUCAUAUUUUUCCCAAAUUAAGCCUGGAGUUAUGACACAUUGAUAUUGGGCUUGUUUUCUGGACUUCUUAUUCUUUUUGCGUUGCUAAUCAUGCUAUUUUAGUCUAUUUCAAGUUGGGCUCAGCUCCUGAUGAUUUCACAGACCCAUCCAUCUAGCUUUGGGGCAGCAGUAUACAAGUAUGCCUUCUUCCAGAAUGUGAUCUUUUGUUGUUAAAAUCUUACAGUACUUGUGUAUUCGCUGUGUUGUAAUGUUAUAGUACCAGGCCAAAAUAGGUUGGAUCCAAAUAUGUCCUUCCAUGUUUGGGAUAACCUAUAUUAUAUUCCCAAAAGCAAUGUUUUAGCCUUACCCUAAUACAUUCCCAGAAAAAGGAAAACUAAGAAUCCAAGAAUCCAACACAUGCUUGCAAGAGAGAAAGCCCCCUUUCACAAGUAAGCAGUGCUGACAGGACAUACAUAAGAGCCCAUUCAGAGGCUACAAUCUCUCAUGGUUUAUUAAGGAAUAACCACUAUCAUUAUAAUGGGAUUUAUUUCUGAGUAAGCAUGUACAGUGUUGUACGAUACAAGCAAAGACGGUUCUCUACAUGUGUCAGAAGAAGCGCAGGAACUGCUAUAAACUUGCAUCUUAAAAGUAGUCUAGAAACUGAUUUCUUUGUGUUUGCAGAGCAAUGCAAGCAGCAGUUCAAUUUAUGCUGUGGUGCUUUGGAUCCAAACCAAUAUUUUCACCAGCAGUGCUUUAAAUUUUUAUCAUUCAUAUGUAUUUUACAAACCGAAGAUAAUUAUUGAAAACACAGUGUUGUAAACUGAAGAUGUUUUCAUUUGAGCCAAGUAAACUAUUGUGCCAACCUCCAUUUAUGAAUGCAUUUUGACUUCCCCUUGAAAGGCUCAUGGGUUGUCAACCUGACCUUUGUUUAGUUUCUUGUAUUGAUUGAGAUGUAGCAGUUUUCAAUCAAAGCAACAAUAAAUUCAGAACUAAAAGGUAACUAGCUGCUUUGGGUUAUUUCUCUCCCAAGUUUAAAUUGUUGCUAGAUACCUCCACACCCUUCACCAGUUUUUCAUACCUUUUUUUUAUAUUGAGAGUUGAAACAUACACACAUUGCUUAUGUGUGAUGGUGAUACCUCAACGAGAAACUGAGAACAUUGCCUUCAUAUCUAUUGCCUUGGAUUCACUUCAGUGGGACUUGCUGCAGUGGUGCUUAGGUUAAUGUGAUUAACAGAAUAGGAAAAAAAAUGAACAUCUAAUUUAAAAUAGUAACUCCUACACUAUUGUAAAGUUUGAAAAUAAGAGUAUGAAACUUAAUAAGGAGUUUUUUAGUCAUUGUACCACUAACCUCCAUCUUGGUGCUUUGA